CAUUUAUCUUGCAAAUAUUGUAUUUAAUCAUCAUGAGUUCAUCGAAGAAACAAGUAACAGAAGUCAAUUUACCUGUACCGUGGGGACACAUUGCUGCAAAAGUCUAUGGUUCAUCAAGAGGAAAGAAAAUUCUGGUGGUACAUGGAAUUUUAGAUAAUGCUGGAUCGUUCGAUAGAUUGAUAAAUCUUCUUCCACAAGAAUACCACUAUAUAAGCAUAGACUUGCCAGGACAUGGAUUUUCUUCACCAUUUCCUUCUGGAGUACCAUUGCAAUAUUUUGAUUAUGUUUAUACAAUUUUGCUAGUAUUAGAUGCAUUAAAAUGGAAAACUUGUAUUUAUUUAGCACACAGUUUUGGGUCUCAAAUAGGCAUGUAUUUCAGUAUAUUGUAUCCUGGACGUCUUGAAAAAAUCAUAGCCAUAGAUGGAAUCAUGCCUCUUCCAAUUAGAGACGUUGUAUCUUACACUCAGAAAACAUAUAAUUUGAAUAAGUACAGUACAGCUAAAGAUGCAUUAUAUACGAAAGAAGAAGUAAUGUAUGCUUUGAAGUUUAAAAGACAAGAAACAUUGAACACAGAUGCUGCAGAAGCUAUGUUCAAACGUGCAGUUACAAAAGUUGGGGACUUGUAUAAAUAUAAUCGUGACCCUAGAUUAAGAGAACUUGUACGACCAAUAUUUACUAUGCAACAACAUGCAGAGUUCUGGAAGAAAUUUUCAACUCCAGUCAUAUUAAUUGUCGCAGAUAGAUCUAGCAAAAUAGAUACAAUCCCAAAUUUGAUAGAGCAAGCAAGAAUUGCAAUCAAAGAUAAGAGUGACUUUUUUGUAGUUUUUGUUAAAGGAAACCAUGAUGUACAUAACAAUUAUCCUGAAAGGGUAGCACCACAUAUAUAUAAAUUUUUGAAGCAUGACACAAAGAGUAAAUUAUAA